UUUUCCAAACCGUCAUGACAUAAAACCUCCUUUUACGUCUCUUUCUAUCCACCAUCUCUCUCUCACUCUUUAUAUAUAUAAAAACACACCCAUUUUAUUUUCUUUUCAUCCCCACCCAAAAAAUAACACAAGUUUUUUUUUUUCUUAAAAAAAUCAUGAGUUACUACAAUCAAGGCCAACCCCCUGUUGGUGCUCCCCCUCCACAAGGUUAUCCACCAGAGGGCUACCCAAAGGAUGCAUACCCACCACCAGGGUAUCCACCACAACAAGGCUAUCCACCACCACAACAAGGUUACCCACCACAACAAGGAUACCCACCUCAGUAUGCUCCUCAGUAUGGUGCUCCUCCUCAACAGCAAAAACAAAGUAGUGGUGUCAUGGAAGGAUGUUUGGCUGCCCUGUGUUGCUGCUGCCUGUUGGAUGCUUGCUUUUGAUUGAAUGAAGUAUGGAUGGUGUACAAGUUAUACCAAGAUUUCAUUUGCGCUAUCAACUGUGGGGACUUGUAACCAGAUUUGAACAUUGCUUUAUCUUUUUCCAUAUGAUUUUGGACUUAAUGAACUGAAAAUGUAUCUAGUGGUUUUAACAUCUGUGUUGUUCUUCAAUGGAUCAUGAGUUCUUGUUUUUGCAU